AUGGAGAUGAAGAAAGAGGGAGGAGGAGGACCAUGGCCAUCCUCGGGAGCUGCUUCUCCCUUCACCCCCACCUGCUACAGGAGCAUGCUCGUACUCAUCGUCCUCUUCUUCCUUAUUAUUGGUGUACUUGUAGGCCUUGCUGUAGCAUAUCUUGUGCAGGAGCAGCAUUACUUCAUGGAGACAGUGGAGCUGAAAGGACUGAAGUAUGACCCAGUUCUACGGGAUGAGAAUUCCGGUUUCUCCAUAAUGCUGUCCUCAGUUUUGAAGGCUAAGAUUAAAAACACCUUCACUGCCUCAUCUAUAUCACAUCACUAUGCUGACUGCCGUAUUGUUGCCUUUGGUAACAAUGAUGGUAAUGUGAUGGUGACGUUCAAGCUGGUGUUCUGGGUGUCCAAGAUCCAGCAGUAUUCAGACACCUUUCUACAGGACUUGCUGAGAGCAGGCCUCAACUCGGCAAUGCACGGCAAUCCUCUGGAGGUGCCGGGGUUCGGACAGAUCAACACCAUCGUUUUACUCGGAGCCAGUGGGAAAUCAUUUUAUACUAUUGGAGAGGAUAUGAUUGCCAGGUGUCCUGAUAAUACGUUCACCUGUGAUAGUGGAGAGUGUGUCACCAAAGUAAAUCCAGAGUGUGACUCUAUCCCCGACUGCGCUGACGGAUCCGAUGAAGCUCACUGUGCCUGUGGUCAGCGUAUGGUCCCUGACAUGGUGAAUCGUAUUGUGGGCGGUGAAGAUGCUCGUGAAGGUGAACUGCCUUGGCAGGUCAGCCUGAGGCUUCAUGGACAACAUAUCUGCGGAGCGUCCAUCAUUAACGAGCGCUGGCUUGUCAGUGCAGCGCACUGCUUCGAGGGUGAAAACAACCCCAAAAGCUGGAAAGCCUUGGUUGGGGCAAGACUUGUGAACGGCGAGGAGUCUGAGUCCAAAAUCAUCAAUGUGAAGUCCUUACUUUCAUCUCCUGAUUAUAACCCUAUGACCAAUGACAAUGACGUGAGCGUGCUAGAGCUGGAGACUCCGAUUACCUUCAGCCCCUACAUCCAGCCCGUAUGCCUGCCCUCCCUGUCUCACGUAUUUGCCCCGGGGCAGAGCUGCAUCGUGUCAGGAUGGGGCGCGCUCACUCAGUUUGACUUUGAUGGGGCGUCCACACUUCAGAAAGCACUGGUGAAAAUCAUUGAUUCCAAGGUGUGCAAUAAAUCGUCUGUGUACAGAGGUGCUGUUACCCACAACAUGAUGUGUGCUGGAUUCCUGCAAGGCAAGGUGGACUCUUGUCAGGGCGACUCUGGAGGGCCUCUCGUGUGUGAAUCGGCCCCAGGACGGUUCUUCUUGGCUGGGGUGGUGAGCUGGGGUGUGGGCUGUGCCCAGAUCAACAAGCCUGGGGUUUACUCUCGGAUCACCAGGCUCCGCAGCUGGAUCCUCGGACACGCAGAUCCCAGCAUCGUCCAUGAUUACACCCAGCGUGUAACUACUCCUGCCGUUCCAAUAACAGAGAAGACCCCCAAUAACCCACCAGUACCCAGGACUGUGACCGUAGACGUGUCGCCAUCAAUUCAACUAUCUGUGGUGAAUUGCAGCGGAAACUUUCAGUGUGGUCCCAAUAUGUGCAUCAGCAAGCUGAACCCAGAGUGUGACAGUGUUCCCGACUGCCCCAAUGGGGCCGAUGAGAGAAACUGUGACUGCGGCGUGCGUCCCGCAUUGGGCUCCCAUAGGAUUGUGGGUGGAGUGACGGCUCGUCGGGGAGAGUGGCCGUGGAUUGGCAGCCUUCACUACCAAAGACUUCAUCGCUGUGGUGCAACACUCAUUCACAGUCGAUGGUUACUGACUGCAGCCCACUGCUUCAAAAGUGACUCCAGUCCCAAUAACUGGGCUGUGAGCCUGGGAUCUGUGCUGCGCUCUGGGCUCGGAGCCCUUGUUAUUCCAAUCCAGAGAGUGAUCCUUCACCCUGCUUUCAAUGGCACCAACAUGGACCAUGACGUGGCUCUGCUGGAGCUGGCACUCCCAGCGCCCAUGUCUUACACCAUCCAGUCCGUCUGCCUUCCCUCGCCUGUGCACAAUUUCUUGACUAAUGCAGAGUGCUACAUCACCGGCUGGGGAUCCAUGAGAGAAGGAGGUUCAUUAACCAACCUCCUCCAGAAAGCUGCAGUGAACAUCAUAGACCAGAAAGAGUGUCAGCAGUCGUAUGGAAAUGCACUGUCUUCCAACAUGAUGUGUGCUGGACUCAUGGGUGGAGGCAGAGACACCUGUUUGGGGGACUCCGGUGGGCCGCUGACCUGUCGUCAGCUCUCCGGCCAGUGGUUCAUUGCUGGAGUGACAAGCUGGGGACACGGAUGUGGCCGAAUUGGUUUUCCCGGGGUCUACACUCGUGUGACGUCUGUCAGGAAAUGGAUAUCGACAUACGUGCCUUUUUAA